AUGUGUGAGAUAUGUAAAGGGUAAGUUGUUAUAAAUAGGUCCUGAAAUUUUCACUGCAUAUACUAUAUGCUCACAUAUCAAGCAAUCACAUUAAAUCUGGUCAACGUGACCACAUUAACAGGCUUCUGUCAUCUGGUCAGCAUAAUGGUAAGUAACCGAUGGUUUAUUUUUUUAAAUACAGCUGAUUCAGUUAAGCUGAUUCAGCGCACCUCAUGCAUGAUAAUUUAUUUAAUUAUUUUAGUUUCGACUUAUAGUUUCUCUUUGUUUCAGAAACUUCAAAGGACCAGGCGGCGUUGCUACGCACAAGCGUAGAAACGAGAAGUGUAAGAUAGGUACUUGUAUUCCUGAUUUAUAAUGUUAACAUUCAGUGUUUAAAAUAUAUAUAUAUAUAUAUACUUUACGCAGACAGAAAAAUGUCCAAAAUAUCCACCAUUGACACCACUGGUACGAAACAAUAAGUACGUAAAGGACACUCAGAGACUGCACACCUCCGCCCGUUACUCGGAAGUGAAACGCAACCUCGAAAUUUCCUAAGAAAUUCAUUUUGCAAUUCUUAGUUUUGCAAGUUUAUUAUUUAUAUACUAUAUGCUCACAUAUCAGUACUCUUAAAAAAAAAGAGAGUUAAAUUAUGAUUUAUUCACAUUUGGUUUAUUUUUUUUUGCAGACGAAGAAACCACCAAAUUAUGGAUAAUGUAUGUUUACUUGACGAAGGUAGCUAUAAAUUUCAAUUUCUUAGUUUACUCCAAGGAUUGCUUUCUGAAGCAAUCACAUUAAAAUCUGGUCAACGUGACCACAUUAACAGGCUUCUGUCAUCUGGUCAGCAUAAUGGUAAGUGACCUAUGGUUUAUUUUUUUAAAUACAGCUGAUUCAGUUAAGCUGAUUCAGCACACCUCAUGCAUGAUUCUUUAAUUAUUUUUACAGGAAAUUGAACAAGCUAAUGACCACAUUAACAGGCUUCUGUCAUCUGGUCAGCAUAAUGGUAGGUAACCUAUGGUUUAUUUUUUAAAAUACAGCCGAUUCAGUUAAGCUGAUUCAGCACACCUCAUGCAUGAUUCUUUAAUUAUUUUUACAGGAAAUUGAACAAGCUAAUGACCACAUUAACAGGCUUCUGUCAUCUGGUCAGCAUAAUGGUAGGUAACCUAUGGUUUAUUUUUUAAAAUACAGCCGAUUCAGUUAAGCUGAUUCAGCACACCUCAUGCAUGAUUCUUUAAUUAUUUUUACAGGAAAUUGAACAAGCUAAUGACCACAUUAACAGGCUUCUGUCAUCUGGUCAGCAUAAGCUAUGGUUUAUUUAAAAUACAGCUGAUUCAGUUAAGCUGAUCCAGCACACCUCAUGCAUGAUAAUUUAUUUAAUUAUUUCGACCACAGGAAAUUGAGGAAAAAGGUAAAAGAGUAAAAAGGCUGCUCAAAAAAGCUGAAAGAAAUGGUAAGUAACCUAUGGUUUAUUUUUUAAUACAGCCGAUUCAGUUAAGCUGAUCCAGCACACCUCAUGCAUGAUAAUUAAAUAAAUUAUUUCUACAGGAAAUUGA